UGUAGUUUUUUUCUGUUUGUGUUUUUUCAGGAGUGCGCAGCAGCUGCUCCAGUAAACUACUGCCAUCUUUACCUCAGCUUAACAGUUAGUUCAGAUUUUGGGCCCAGACAAUGGCUGGCGACAACGAGGACACCGCCCUGAAAGAAGCCAGGAGACGCGAGCGUCAGGUAACUUUGGAGAAUACUGACUCGGACAUCGGGUUUUGCGGCUGGCUGCUGGUCGGCCUCUCCCUCCUCCUCGUGCUGCUCACCCUGCCCUUAUCUAUCUGGAUGUGCAUCAAGAUCGUGAAGGAGUACGAGAGGGCCAUUAUCUUCCGCCUGGGGCGCAUUUUGCGUGGUGGAGCCAAAGGACCGGGUUUGUUCUUCAUCGUGCCGUGCACCGACAGCUUCAUUAACGUGGACAUGCGCACCAUCACCUUCGACAUCCCACCUCAAGAGGUUCUGACCAAAGACUCGGUGACAGUGAGCGUUGAUGGCGUGGUCUACUAUCGCGUCCAGAAUGCCACCCUGGCUGUGGCCAACAUCACUAACGCGGAUGCAGCCACGCGCCUGCUGGCCCAGACCACCCUGAGGAACGUGCUGGGCACCAAGAACCUGGCCGAGAUCCUGUCCGACCGCGAGGAAAUCGCGCACAGCAUGCAGUCGUCACUGGAUGACGCCACGGAUGACUGGGGAAUCAAGGUGGAGAGGGUGGAGAUCAAAGAUGUGAAGCUGCCCCUCCAGCUCCAGAGAGCCAUGGCGGCUGAGGCAGAGGCGAGUCGCGAGGCCAGAGCCAAGGUGAUCGCCGCCGAGGGGGAGAUGAACGCGUCGCGGGCGCUCAAGGAGGCCUCCCUGGUGAUCGCAGAGUCUCCGUCCGCCCUGCAGCUGCGCUACCUGCAGACCCUCAACACCAUCGCUGCCGAGAAGAACUCCACCAUCAUUUUCCCGCUGCCGCUGGAGAUGAUGCAGGGCCUCAUCAAACACUGAGGAGGCUAAAAUCCACACACUAACACAACACGGAUCACCUGACAUAUUACACAGUCCCUCCCUCUGUUAGGCAUUCCUCUGUAACCAUCAGGUAACCGAGUGGGCUUAUUUUCAAGGUUUCCUAUUAAUAAGCCACGAAUUAGUAAUUAUUGGUGUGGCACAGCUGAUAGAAAGUUAUUAUAUAUAACACUGCUGGGGUGGGUUUUAUUGUGAAUUUCCACUUGUGGUGUUUUGCAGUGAACCAUGGCAAACACACCUACAGCAGCCCGAUUUACUGCUGUAGAAGCCUUGAGGCAAAGCCUAAGCCAAACCCCUGUUUUACAUAGCAGGGAUUGAAACCCAUAAUUAAUUAUAUUAGGGCAUUUUACAAGAUAUGUCAUAGAUUAAAAAAUAAAUAAACUGGGAUGAACACAAAUAGAGUCAUUAUAUUAAAAAAAAAGCAGUCAUAAAUGACUCCAGUCUGUCAUUUACAUAGCUCUGUGGCUGUGGAAUUAAACCACUAGUGCUAAGAUGAUGCUUGGUGAGUUGCUCCCUGUGGUUUAUAAUACACUGCAUUGAGACGGUGGCAUUUUUAUUUCCUUCUUUCAUCUGAACCUAGCCUGCUGUGUUUAACCAGCAGCAGCACUCACACAUAGAUCAGGAAAUAAUAACUAUAUUUUCUUUUAGCAAAGCAAGUUUGCUCACUUCACUUUGCUGUUUAGCUGACCAGCCUCAGCUCUCCAUCAGCUCUUGUCCAUUCAGCAUGCUCGCUCAGUCAGUCCAGAGCCGGAGGUGCCAGACGCCCAGCAAAAUCUCCAGCGGCUGGCUCGGCGUGCCUGCCAAUAGCUGACCGCUGACUGAAUUCGGAAAUUGUGUAUGAGCCUUAAACCAAAUCAGCGAGAGUGCAGUUUAACUCUUAUCUUGUUACAUUUUGGUUACAAAUGUAGAAAUUGUGAGUUUAAGUGCCUGAUAGAUAUGUGGUCUACAGCUGCACACACACACACACACACCCUGGUCUAUAUAUUUCUCAGCACUGGUACAGCUGCCAGCAUCUCAGUGCUGCAGUUAUUUAAAGUGUUUUCAUUAUAUAAGUAUUCUGACUGUACUGUCUGUUACUAUUGCCAAAACCUUACUGAAUGUGUUUUAGACUAAUUUUAAGUGUAAAACUCAGACUAACCUUAGACCUGACAUCAUCGUUGUUACCUUUACCUUUAGUCUCUCCCGCUCGUUGGAUGUGAUUGUGAGGAUGAAGGACAAAAAGCUGACAUGUUUGUGUGAAAUGUUGAAUUUGGGCUUCAAACCUUGAAUGCCGUGAAUAUUGUUAAUGUAAUGUAUUCCACUUCGCUCCACUGACCAUGAAGAAGCAGGGAGUCGUGUUUGAAUAAGCUGGUCAGAAAGCGAGGAUCAGUCAGAGUUACCAAGUAAUUAUACAGAAACAUACACACACACCUUUUCUCUAGUUGCCACUAUACUACUACAUUAUAAGCUGAAACAAGUCGAUGGUUGCUGAACUUGUGUGUUUACUCUAAACUCUCUAAUGAUCCACAGCAUGUAACGGGUGGACAAGCGGUUCAAACACCCACAGAUUCAUCUGACACAGUCAGAAGAUGGGCCUGAGCAGCCACACCUCAGUACAUGGCUGUCAGUUGUUUCUUUUAUCUUGUUCAUCCCGUCAACCUGUGUGGCUUCAUUGUCUGCUUAGGUGAAGCAGAGACUGUAAAUCUUACAACCGAAGGCCUUAAUGUACUGACAUGUAUUCAUUUUACAGUCCAGUAUCACUCUAUGCACUUCUAUACAAAGUUAUCUAAAGAAGUUACUUUACCUAUUUUAUUUUUUUUAAAUGAUAUUUUAUCACUUGUGCUCAAAAGCCAAAUACUAGCCUUUGUAUUAAUCUGUAUUAAUCUGUAGUAUAUCUGCAGUUUGCAUGUGUUUCCCUCUUUUUAGCAUUUCAAGAACAGAGUUUCUAAAUGUAGCUUGCAUUGUUUAGUCUGUCUGUGAUCAAGCAGUGUUUUAUAUAUAGAGCCCUGUGAAGUUUAUUAUAGUUUUGCUGUUGCCUCACGAAGGGCUCGGUUUUGUGGGACAAACGGGUUUAAGUUACCUGUCACUACAGGAUACAAAGGCUGUGACAUUAUACUACAGUAACUUUUAUCUCUUUUUUUGCUGUUACAGUGAAAGAGGAGUAUCAGAUGCUGUGGAGCUUAUGUUAAGUCAAAACAUGUGUGUUGAAGUUGGAUUCAGGAUUAUUGUUGGUUUUUGCUUUGCUGACAAACGUAUAUGAUUUUGUCUUGAGAUAUGUAUAUGACAGAUAAAGGUGACAAAUAAAGAUCUGACUGAAAAGCAA